GCCGCCACUCCGAGGUCCCCAGCCCGGGCAGGGCCUGGGCAGCUGUGUCCGGCGGACGCAGCUGCUGACCCAGCUGUGGACGGUGCCAGGGGCGGGGGGCGGAAGGGCAGGAGCCCUGGGCCCCCGCGGCGGGGGCUGCACCAUGCACCCCUCCUGGGCGCCCCUUUGGUCCCGAGUCGGUUCCCUCUGCCUCCUGCUCGCUGGGGCUGCCUGGGCCUCCCCACCCGAACCCCCGGACCCCAAAUUCGAGAGUAAAGCGGCCCUGCUGGCGGCCCGCGGGUCCGAAGAGCUGCUGUGCUUCACCGAGAGGCUGGAGGAUUUGGUGUGCUUCUGGGAGGAAGGAGCGAGCAACGGGGUCGGCCCGGACAACUACAGCUUCACCUACCAGCUCGAAGGUGAGCCCUGGAAGCUGUGCCCCCUGCGCCAGGCGCCCACGGCCCGCGGCGCUGUGCGCUUCUGGUGCUCGCUGCCCACGGUCGACACGUCGAGUUUCGUGCCGCUGGAGCUGCGCGUCACAGCCGCCUCCUCGGGCGCCACGCUCUACCGCCGAACCAUCCAGGUCAACGAAGUGGUGCUCCUGGACGCCCCCGCGGGGCUGCUGGCGCGCCGGGCGGAGGAGGGCGGCCACGUGGUGCUGCGCUGGCUCCCGCCGCCUGGGGCGCCCAUGGCGAGCCACAUCCGCUACGAGGUGGACGUCGCGGCGGGCCACGGCGCGGGGGGCGCGCAGAGGGUGGAGACCCUGGAGGGCCGCACCGAGUGCGUGCUGAGCAACCUGCGCGGCGGGACGCGCUACACCUUCGCGGUGCGGGCGCGGAUGGCGGAGCCCAGCUUCGGCGGCUUCUGGAGCGCCUGGUCGGAGCCCGCGUCGCUGCUGACGGCCAGCGACCUGGACCCCCUCAUCCUGACGCUCUCUCUCAUCCUUGUGCUCAUCCUGCUGGUUCUGGUCGUACUGGCUCUGCUCUCCCACCGCCGGACUCUGAAGCAGAAGAUCUGGCCAGGCAUCCCGAGCCCCGAGAGUGAAUUUGAGGGCCUCUUCACCACCCACAAGGGUAACUUCCAGCUGUGGCUGUACCAGAAUGAUGACUGUCUGUGGUGGAGCCCCUGUACCCUGUUUGCAGAGGACCUGCCUGCCCCCCUGGAAAUCCUUUCUGAGCGCUGUUGGGGGGUGACACAAGCAGUAGAGCCGGGGACAGAUGAUCACCAGCCCCUGCUGGAGCCAGUGGGCAGCGAGCAGGCCCGGGACACUUACCUGGUGCUAGACAGGUGGUUGCUGCCCCAGAGCCCACGCAGUGGGGACCUCCCAGAGCCUGAGGGCAGCGAGGACACAGCGGCCAUGGAGGAGGGCUCAGAAACAUCCUCCUGUUUGUCUGCCUUGGCUCUGAAGCCCAGGCCGGAGGGGGCCUUGGCUUCCAGCUUUGAGUACACCAUCCUGGAGCCUGGCUCCCAGCUCUUGUAUCCGCGGGCACUGCCGCCCACGCUGCCCCCCACUCCACCCCACCUGAAGUACCUGUACCUCGUGGUGUCUGAUUCCGGCAUCUCAACUGACUACAGCUCGGGGGGUUCCCAGGGGACCCCCGGGGGCUCAUCCGAUGGCCCCUACUCCAAUCUUUACGAGAACAGUCUUGUCGUAGCCCCUGAGCCUCUGCCCCACAGCUACGUGGUCUGCUCCUAAUCGCCAGCUGGGAGAUGCUCGGAGAAAAGGCCCAAGAUUUAUCUCGCAGGGACAGCUAGGCCUUCCUCAGUGCCAGGGACUAUCUGAUGUUGGCUAUCUGCCCAAUCCUUCCCACUCAGGAACCCUUGCAAUAUUGCUAAAUAUAUAUAGUUUUUUUUUUU